AUUUGUCAAUAAUUCCUUGCAGACUGUCAGAAGAAGUAGACUGAGAAAUGGGUGAAAAGAACGGAGUUGAACACGCUAACGUCGUGAAACAAAUCGAGUAUUACUUCGGUGAUGUGAAUCUAGUGCGCGAUAAGUUCCUUCUAUCUGAAAUCGCAAAAAAUGAUGGCGGUUGGGUAGACGUGGCGGUGAUGAUGAAAUUCAAUCGGCUGUCAAAGUUAUGCGGCGGUGUUGAAGACUCUGUUUUGGACGCUGUAGAGGGGACGGGUGAAGAAGGACUGUUGGAAGUUGACCGUGAAAACCGAAGGUUACGUCGAAAAUUGUCUAAGCCUUUACCCGAAGACAAGCAGAAGUUUUUGAGCGAAGCCGCUUCUCGUUCAGUCUACCUCAAAGGGUUCGACAAAACUUUAGAACAGGAUGCUGUUGAGAAGUUGCUGGAAUCGCAUGGACCUUUCGAAAGCGUAUUUCUUCGUCGAUGGAAGGACACUGAAAGCAAGAUGCACUUCAAGGGUUCAGUAAUGGUCACCUUCCCAAGCUUAGAAGCAGCUGAGAAGUUCAUGGCACUUCCCGAGGUGAAAAUAAACGAGGAAGCUUUAGAAAAGAAAUGGAAGAACGACUGGAGCCUUGAGAAGGAGGAAGAACAUCGAGCUCGCAUCGAUCGGUUCAAACAAAGAAAACUCGAGAAGAAGAAGCCGUCGAAUGCCGCCUCAACGCCGCCGAAGAAGCGGAAAAUCGAGGAAUUCGGUGAGAAUGACGAACGUCCCGAAAAGAAGCAGAAGAAAGAAGGCGACGAGGAUGACGAAGAAAAGCAAGAAAAUGUUGAACCGAAGGAGGACAAUAUGGGAAUGUUGCCGGGGUCUGUGUUCAAGCUCGAUGGGAUUCCCUCGGAAGGAGUUCAUGUCCGGGACUUGAAAAGUGUCUUGGGCAAAGUUUUGAAAGAUGACAUCGCUUACAUUGCGUUCGAGUCCGGUGACACCAGUGCUGUUGUUCGCCUGAAGGGACAAGACUCCGCUUUGAAGGCAUUGGAGUCUAUCAAAGCGUCUGAAGAAAAGCUCGAAGUGAAGGACACUGAGUUAACUGCAUCCGCUAUGGAGAAGGAAGAAGAGGAAAAGUUCCUGACCGGCGAGCGUCUCAAGAAGAAAGAGUUGCAAUCUAAGAUUAAAAAUAGUAAGAAAGCCAUCGAGGACGAGGCAGAGGACGUGGACGUGGAGGCCGUGGUCGUCGGGGAGGACGCGGUCGACGUUGACGAAAUAAAGUUCCGACAACGGAUCGUUUCGAUCGUGAACUUUCAGAGUUUUUCGAAAUACCUUCGUCAAGUUGAAACGAUAAAAAUGCAAGGAAAAAUGAAAGUGAAAAAUAAGGGCCAAGUGCCGAACCUGAAGAAAGGAAAGACGCAGUUAAUCCAGAAGAAAAAGUUGCAGAAAGCCGCAAACCGAACGACUCUCACGAAAGUCUCGAAGGUGAAGACGCAGGGAGAGAAAGUUCGCGAAGCUUUGGCUAAAGAUAUUCAAGACAAAAUCCUAUCGGAUGUCGCUGCGGAAACCGUUGUUUUGGGAUACCAUGCGCUGGAGGAUUUGCGGAGUCAUACUGCCGAGAAAUUAUGGAAGAGCGUGACGACAGUCAGUAACCCGGGAAAGAAACGUGGACGAGGUCGAGGAAGAAAUAGAGUGUUGUCGAAGGACUUGAAUCGGGGUCAAAUGAUCGGCCAAGGAAAGGUGAAUGUCGUGUGGCCUGGUCUAAAUGCACCCAUUUUCCGGGGCCGGGAAUUGGUGAAACAAGAAACAUUACCCGAACAACCGGAUCGCGACGCCAAAUUGAUCGAGCUUCGAAACAAAAUGGGUGUGUUUCGCUCCAUUAAACUCCCACCGUUGGAACGUGGCUGGUCAGGAAACUGGCUUCCUGGACGACGAAUCGGUCCACCUGACCCAAUCGGCGAAGAGACGUUUGAAGGAUUCGACUCCGUUGUACUUGAGUGCAAGACUGUUUCCACGAUGACGGGGAAUUUGGGCAGGAAAUUUUCCUACAGCAUUUUUGUCGUCACUGGGAAUGGAGAUGGUCUUGGAGGAUUUGCGCUCGGCAGAGCUCCGAGUCUUCCUGCCGCUUUAAGAAAGGCCAAAAAUCGUGCGGGCCAAAAAUUGAUGAGGGUUGAGCGCCAUGAGAAUCAUACUGUUUUGCAUGAUUUCCAUGCGAACUUCGGGAAGAGCAGAAUCAACGUGCACAAAGCACCGAAAGGCUUCGGUUUAGUCUGUCAUCGAGCGAUCAAGUCGAUCUGUGAAGUCAUAGGCAUCAAAGAUUUGCACGCGAAAAAGGAAGCCUGUGCGAGAAAGACUGUGCAGAAUUUAACGAAGGCGUUUUUCCUGGGGUUGCUUCGACAGAAAAGCUAUCAAGAAAUGUCUGACGAAACUAAACUGUUGCUGGUGGAGAGAAACCCGGAUCGUUUGGGAUUCCCGCGUUUGCUGGCUGAACCCUCUGAGCCAAUUCCUGACGAAAAAAUUGGGCACGUGCCCGACUUUCAAUCGUAUUGCUUUGGCGGACGAGUGGAACAUGUCAAGAAGAAGGACUCGCAGUGGUACAAGAAACUACCUGGUUGGCAGACUCAUUUGAAACGCACUCAUCCGUUUAGAAACAUGCCUAAUGUGAGGAUUCGGAUGCUUGUGGACCACGGAGAAUUGCGAAGUCAUUUGACAGAUAAAUACCCCGAAUGCGUGUCACCGAACGUUGCCAAACGGAGACCGAAGCAAGAAAGUUGAUCAGUUUUUUUGUUUUCCGCCAGACAUGUUUGUGAAAAUUUCGUAGUGCUCCUGUGAUUUGAAUUCUUAUCAUAUUGGGAAAAUUCCCCGUUUUGUUCCCGGAGGAAGUCAACGGGGAACAUAACUGAGAAAUCUUGAAGAUCUUGUUGCGUCGAAUUAAAGUUUCGAAUGCGAGUCCGGGACUAGGACUAUAGCGUUGA